AUGGGAUAAUAAUGUUGCCGAAAUUCUGCAAUCCCAGAUUCAGAAGAUAAUAAUAACAAUCUUCCUGAAAAGUAUUCAAAUAGAAAACCAUAAGAAACUACAGCAACCGCAAAUAAUAGCUAAUCUUAUCAAACAAGAAUCAAUGAAUUAGAAAAUAAUGUUCAAACUUCUUUAGAAGUUAUGAAUAAAUUAAAUUUAACAAUAAAAAAUGUAUUAUUCAUCAUUAACAAUAGUUAGCAGUCUAAAUUGAAGAAUUAAAUAAAUAAUUAGAAGAAAAGUAGUAAUUAUAGUAGAAUGAUCACAAAGUUGAAAAUUGA